AAGUGGGAAAGGCUAGCAAGGAUUUCUAGGCAGGAAGUUCCUUACCAGGGAGCAGGCUGCUGGCUCUAGUUCAGAAACCUGAGAAUCUACUAGCCUGCCAGUUCCUGCGCCUUUGCACUGAGGUGUGUGUACCCAGCGGGCGAAAGGCAUCGGGAGCUCAACUGCUUCCUCUCACACACAUACCUGCACACGCACAGAGAGGCGCACAAACGCAGCGUUGACAUGGUGAGCUAGCUCAAAUGUGAAUGCAAACAGGCCAGUAGUUUUGCAGCCUGUUACGGGGCAACCAGCAUAGACCAAACUCAAAGCAGCAAGGAGUUUUCAUCCUUCAGAAGUGCUUCACCUGGGCUGGGGAACCACUGCCCGAGCUUGCGUUCCAGCUUACAGAGUUAUUCAUGAAGAAGGCGCUGAUCUUUUGGACCAUAUGUUCCCUGUUGGGCUGUCUGACUGCAGAGAGAUCACCACUUCUGCUUCUCAAACAUGCAGACUUUUUUUCUACAAACUUCGAGAACAUCCUGAAGUGGGAAACUGAAGGCGAGAUACCUCCAGGCACAGUGUACAAUGUCCAGUACAAACAAUAUGGGGAGAAAGAAUGGCUCAACAAAACCGAGUGCCAGAACAUCUCACAGCCCUUUUGUAACCUCUCGCAUGAGACGGAAAACUACACUGAGCAGUACUACGCCAGAGUGCAGGCCAUGGCACCGAACGGCUACUCCUCGGACUGGGUCUGCUCCCAGAGAUUUACACCCAAACAGGAUACUAAUAUUGGGGCACCAGAGGUGAAGUAUAUUCCUAAUGUUCGAUCCAUAAAGUUUCUCAUUCAGCCUCCCUACACACCACUCAAGGACAAAGAUGACCAGCAGCUAACUGUUGAGGACAUCUAUAGCACUGUUGAGUACCAUAUGACAAUUUUCAGCCAAAGCACUCGACAAGAGCAGUGGACAAAGACGGAAGACAACAAAGAAUUUGAAGUUUUCCACUUGGAACCAGACACUGGAUAUAACGGGACAAUAUAUAUCGAGCACGUACAGAAAAGGAGCAAAUCCCAAGUGUUUGAGGCUAGAACACUGCCAGAUAAUACCUGGCUGCUCUACUGUUUUGGAUCACUUAUAUUCGCUGCUGGUUUGCUGUUUGCUGCAACAUGUUAUGUGAUAUAUAUGUAUGUGAAACAACACACUGCACAGCCAAAGUCUUUGGAUUUCAAAGGGAUUCCACCUUUCCAGCCUCUCACGCUCACAGUGGAGCAUGUUUCAUGCAAACCUGCUUUGCUCACCUCAGAUGUGUCAUUACCAAGCAUUAGCCUGUGUCUGGAGCAGCCACAUUCAUUUGGUUCACCAGAAACUGCCUAUCAACAGCAAGCCAAAAUGUCAGCAUCCCAGCCCAUUGCUCAGCUGCCUGACUGGGCCGGGGAUUUUCCUUCCAAGAGAGUAACCGAGGACAGCUUACCAUGUAAAACAAAGAACAAACCUCUGGCCCCGACCUAUGGGGUCUGCCUUGAAGACACAAACCAGACAAUGAAGGAUGUUUCCCCUGAGAGGUUUGUCUGUGACAAAUUUAUAAUCCAGACUCCAAGCAGGACAUCGUCUAAAGAAACCUACAGGGAGCAGAGCCCAGCGCUGGUGGAGAAACCAUUAUGGGAGAGCAAUGAUAUAAGGGGACCAGCCUUCUUGUUGGGAAGCACAGGGCAAGCCCAGCAGCUUCAAUUCCAGGUGAACAAGGACGAAGCUGAGCUGUAUGUGCCUCAGCUACCUUUGUCUUUGCUGGAAGGAGGAGGAGCUUACAGACAGCAGACUGUGGAACUGCUGCCAUUACUGUCCUCCAUGACACUGGACACAAACUUUGUCCCAGAAACUGGAACUCUGUUGCCUUUAUCCUCACCCUGUCACCUUUCAGUUGGUACCUGUGAUGAUCUCCCUGGAGAAGACAGCGCACUGCACAAGAUGCGAUUAGAUUCAUUGUCACAUUCAGAAGACAAACUGCCGCCCCCAGACUUGCAAACAACAUAUGUGCUAAGAACAGCAAAAGAGUCAGCCUGCACAGACCUGAGCAGCACUGCAACUCAGGCCUCUGGCUCAGCCCAGGACAGUGACAUGUCCCUCGCUAUGUUCUUCAGAGACUUGGAUUUAAAGUUACAGUGGGAGCGUGCAUUGGAUGAAAACACACUGGUGUGCUAGCAAAGUGAUGAAUGAUAUCUAAGAGCUAGAUUCUGCCAACCUGAUUUGCAAUAGUAGUGUCUUUUUCUGCACAUAGUACCACUGAAAUAAAUAUAAGUGUGGAGUAAGGCACUGGUCAGCAUGUCUACAUGGGUUUGAAUCUGUCACCAAGUUUCCACAGCAUGCUCAUGAUUAUGCUAUUAUAGGCAUAGGUUUCUUUAAUGUCAUUGCUUCCAGGAACUCUCCAUUGUGUUUGCACUUUAAUAAUACCUCUAUAUUUUUUAGACAUUUCCAGAUUCAAAUUCAGCCCACUUUAAAACCCGCAACAGGGCUGAAACUCCAACCCGAGACUCAGCAGUCUCAAAAUAUGAGGAGAGUUUGGAGCAGAAUCCACUUUACAGAGUUGAGUCCUGUCUUUCAGCACCAAGCCCCAGAUCUACAUAUGCCCAAACCUUGGGGAGAUUCAGUUGUAAAGGAGUGCAAGGCUCAAAACAAGCCUUGUUCAGAUGGGCUCUCAUGCUCCAUCAUUUCUCAGAUACUGAUAAGGGACAUAAUAGUUUUAGAGCGUGCAGAUGGCUACUAUCCAAGGGGGGCUUACCAGAGCAUCUUGUGCAACCUCACAUAAGAACAGUGGCUAGUCCAAGGUACACUUGGCUAGGGUCAGCGUAACAUCAGUUUAAUACCUAGCACAUCGUCCUCCCUCCUGAACUUGUAGAAGUGACUUAAUUAUCUGGUGUGUAUUCUCCAAGUUCAAUGUUUGUGCCUUAAAUGAGGACUGACCAGUGAAGACUAACUAAAGAAAGGCGGCAUCACACGGAUGGCUGCUACUGCUGUACUGCUGGUUUGUUGCAACUGUUUCUAUCAAUACUUGUAGGUAAACAUUUGCAAGAGGAUACUCUAAUUAGUCUGUGUACAAUCCAACCCCUUAUCUCCAGCCAGGAUCCUUUCUUCUUUCAGCAGAUUUUUCUUGUUGUGUUUCCUUGCACUUCUCACUGGCCUGGGAAAUGAAGUGAGGAGCUAAUAAUCAGUAGCAUUAAGAACUGGAGCUUAGAAUAAUACUGCACUGCACUUGUGUCUCUCUUGUACAAUAUAAACUUUUUUAUGUUGUUCCUUUUAUCAAGUAAAUUAAGAUUACUAAU